AUGGCGCCACUAUUUCAGAGAGCCACGUAAGGUGACUUUAAACAAAGGUACGACGGGCUUGGGGUUUAACAUCGUCGGCGGGGAAGACGACGAAGGUAUUUUCGUUUCAUUCAUUCUAGCAGGAGGCGCUGCUGAUCUUAGUGGUGAACUCAAGCGGGGCGAUCAAGUACUCUCGGUAAACGGGGUGGACUUGAGGCACGCGACGCACGAAGAAGCAGCGGCAGAAUUAAAAGGAGCUGGGCAGUCCGUCACUAUGGUAGUACAAUAUAGACCAGAAGCCCAAUUCAAGACAACAGAUGCUGCUACAUAUCGAUGGAUAGACACGCGACAGUUUUUAAAGGAAUGUGACAAUUCUAAGAACCACAAGAUCUAA